AUGAGGGUGAAGGUGUCGCAGCGAAAGCGUCGGAGUUGUCGUUCACGUAAGCGAAGACGACAAAAUGCCACAAACAAGGACGAUGGGUUGGGAAACUGUCCCACACAGUUACGAAACAUUCAUCAAUCGGGAGCAUCUGGCACUAGUGUGAACGAAAGCGCGAUUCGCCAUGUUUCUCCUAGUUCGCCUCGAUUUAUCGUGAACAAGGUUGAAUCCCGAGAGGCAGAGGACAUUGCAACCAAAGAUACCGCCAACCAGUACAGUUUCGACAAGGAGCGCAUGGUUGGAACAAAAAGCCCAGUGGACGAGCUUAUUCGUGGCACAUCACCGAGAGAAGCUACACUAGGUUUAACUACUAUUGAGCACGGGCACUUUGAUCGGUCAACCGUUGCAAAAUCAGAAUAUCCGGACAUUUUUGGUUUGUCUACAGACGAAACUGAUAAAGGGGAGCUGAGCAAAGACAACGAUGGAUGGAUGGUCCUGGAUACACCUUUGUUUUUGUCCGAAGAUUGGACAUGGGCGACUGCUCACCCUCUAUUUGCACGACAGGGAGAUACUACAUUUAUUCGUCCCUAG